UUGCUGUUCAUCACAAUAUGCUCGCUAACGCAAGCGGCGUACUACAGCCGUGUGGCGAACGUGAACAGAGUACGCUCGCCGGCAGUGUUCCGACCUGGCGUGGUGCUGCAGCGGCCCUGGACGCACCAGCGCAUCAUGCCAGCCGCAGCCGCUUUGCAUAGAGCACCUUAUGUCGUGUAUAGAUCAUCUUUACCUCACAGAUACGCAGUAAAACAUUACAACCAAAACGUACGCAGCGUGUUUCCGGGCGGAGCUUGGAAGACGGCGCGACUGCCACCAGCCCCUACAACGGAAUACGAGUACAUCAGAGCAGCCUCCCCACAUCCAGUCGUAUAUUCACAUGGUGGUACAGAUGCGAUCCACACUAUACCAGCGCCCAACCUCAGUCUCUCCGAGAAGCCCAUCGUAGUCGCAGACUCAUCUGAAGGCCGCCCAAUCGAAGCAUCUUCGGAAGCGCCUAAAACCACCUACGAAGUCACUGAAAAAUAUACUGAGCCUAUAGUAUAUCAAGCUCCGAAUCCACCAAAAAUUGAAGCGCCUACAGGGUUUUCGAAACAAUCAUCUUUAACAACACCAGAAUUUCAACAGUUCGUACGCAACGGCGCCGCUUUCCAUCUACCAACACAGUACGGUGUCACGUCGUUGUCGCUACCACAAAAUCAAAUUAUUCCACAACAAUUUUCUAUGCAGGGUUUAAACGAACUAUCAGGUCAUCAAAAUCUUCUACAAACAACAGCCGAAGGAUUCGUUAUUUCACCGCACGCUCUAUACCAAAACGAUCCCAAUUUCUUACAAAAGCUGCAGAACCAACUGCUACAAUUUCAGUCAGUGGAAUUUAUACCUUAUCCCACUGACGUGCAGCCUCAAAUUCAACAAACUUCAUCUCAACCUGAACUAUUCCUAUUAGAAAACGAAGUGAUAACAAAACAAAUACCAACAUCUUUCAAGCCAAGAGAACCUCAUAGAAACAUUGUGCAAAGGGAAACGCAAGAAGGUUCAGUUCUUUCUUUAAUACCCCAAGCUUUUACUCCUAGUAAUGUCACUGAGAACUUCAUUGAUGCAACCACACUAAACGAAUCACAAAAUGUAACAUUAUUAACAGUAACAUCCGAAACAGAACCUCCCACGACAACUGUUAAGAACUAUGUUGAAACAACCACGGAAGAACAAAAGACUACACCUAUCUAUUAUGCCCAGGUAGGUCAGAAUGUUAGUAAUGUAAUGGCUAAAGAGUUUUAUUCAGCCAUAAAUGAUGUCAGUACUGCGGCCGCUUUAGCGCAAGAGAAAGUAAAAACACCUAUUCACGAAGGAAAUGUGACUACCACGACUGCCAAAUCAGAAACUGGUGAAAAUAAAAGUAUUAACGCAGAGAAAGAAGGAAAGAAUGAAACUUUAAAUGAAAUAAAGCCAAUUGCAGGAACGCCGUUUGAAAAGCCAGAUGGAUCUGUUAAUGUUGCAUAUACAUUACUGAGAUCACAAGAUCAAACAAAAGUGAAUAAAGAAGGCAAUGUGUUUGCUGGUCAGUUGGUGCAAGCUAUGAUAAGUGAGGAUCGUGAUUUUACCAAUGUAAAAGUCAAUACGGCGUCAAGACGGCCUCCGUUACGACUGAUCACAAUUCCGGAGAACAAAAUGGAAAUUAUACCACAAAAGUUGACAGUAGUAAAGGCUAAAAUACCUCCAAAAAGUAAGCUCAGUUUUGAUAAUAAAACUGGGGAACCGAUACUAAGAAUAUACGCUAGCUAUUCUGAAAAUCCAAUGCAGAAGGAAGUUUUGCUUUCAAAACUGUCCAAUGUAAAACAAUUCAAAGACCCAGUGACAAGAAAACAAGACAAUUUGGAGAAUCGGAAGGCCGCCAACAUGAAAACAUUCGACCAAACAAUAACGAACGACCCAAAACAAGUCUCACAGUUCGGCCUCAAGCUUCGUUCUAGAAGUGACGACUACAUACCUUUGUUUGAAGAAUAUGAGGAAUGA